AGGACCAAUCAUGAAGCCACAAGAUUUGAUACGAAAAAAAGUCAACAUGAGUCUUCUGAAGGUCUGCACAGUCCUUCUCUUUCUUGCUGCAGUUUUUUUUUGCACUACGCCACAUGGACCCUCCGAAGUUCAAGCCUAAAUUACCAUAUUCCAUCAACUUCAAGAACAUAUCCACUGAUCCUCCCAAGACUCAGGGCUUCUGCACCUUCAAGCCCCUGCCGCCUGCAGAAGCUCAAGAGGAACGCCACUUCUUAGACUUAAUUGCGUUGCCUGAAACUCCACUUGUACCAACUCCUCUGUCAUUGGAGCAGAUGAGUCAUCCUGCCAACAGCACCUUCACCAUUCUCCCAAAGAGCGGAGGAGGAGAGUGGCAUGUAGGAGAUCAGCUGGAGGUUUUGAUAAAAAUGUUUGACUUCCAAGGUCAUGCCAAGAAGACUGGAGGAGAUUUCUUGGUUGCAGCGUUGCACAGCAAGGGACUCGGAGCAGGUGUGACUGGACGAGUGGUGGAUCACCUUAAUGGCUCUUACUCUGCUCUAUUCCCUUUACUCUGGGAAGGAAGCACACGGGUUGAGGUGAUACUUCUUCACACAAGCGAGGCUGUCACAGUUCUGCGCAUGCUCAACAUAGAAAGACCUGACAGGGUUAUCUUCAAAGGCGUCUUCCGCUCCGGCUCAGUCUCUGAAACUACAGUCUGUAAUGUUUGCUUACCUCCAAGCAACCAGUCACAGUGCAACUACACUGACCUCCACACAGGGGACCCUUGGUUCUGCUACAAGCCACAGAAACUCAGCUGUGAAGCCCGGGUCAGCCACAGGAAAACAGGAUACAAGUAUCAAGGGAUCAAGAACGAGAAGGAGAAGCUCUUCCAAAAGGGUGUCAACUUGAAAGUCUACAUUAAGGCAUCAGGACCUGACAGUGUCACUGUUUUGCCACAAACGGGAGAUGCUCAGGAGAUAAACCUGAACAAUCCAGUGAGAGUAGGACCUUUCAUGAUAUUGGACAAUGCAAAUAACUUUGUGCUUACAUACCGCAUCCACGGUCUUCCUCUUCGUAUGGUCUCAAUUCCAGCCAGUAAGGAGCGUUAUGUUGCCAAUGAAUUGGAUGGGUUAAUUGGAGGCACUAAUACAGUUGUAGUCCUUAGUGUCUGGGCCCACUUCAGCACGUUCCCAUUUGAGCUCUUCAUAAGACGAAUGCAGAGCAUCCGCAGGGCGGUGGUCCGUCUGUUGGAUAGGGCUCCAGGCACGCUGGUGGUCAUCAGGACUGGAAAUGUCCAAACUGUACGGCAAUCUGGCAUGAUGAACAACAGUGACUGGUACGUAUAUCAGAUCAACUUGGUGCUCAGAGCCAUGUUCAAAGGACUCAAUGUUCAGUGGAUAGACGCCUGGGGGAUGGUUCUGGCCCACGACCUGGCACACAACCUUCACCCACCACCUCCCAUCAUCAAGAAUAUGGUUAAUGUUCUCUUGUCCUACAUAUGCCCCAAAAAGUGAAGCUAGCUGUGUAGUUCAAGGAAGGAAUAUAGAAAUUAAUCGUUAAUCUACUCAUGAACACUAAAAGGAGAGAAAU